UGGAGCGUACAUAAACACGGAAGCGGACAUUUGGUUGUCACCACUCUGUUCCGUUUACAGUAUUUGUUGAUUCUUUAGCCUUGAAAUCACGUACAUUUGCCCGAAAAUGCCUAUGAUGUGCGGGGGAACCAGCGAGGCGAAAGAAGCCACUCCGGAGAUCCAGGCGAUCUGUGACGAGAUGAAACCUCAUGCUGAAGAGAAAGCUGGACAGAAGUAUGAUGUCUUUACAGCCAAGCAGUACACAUCCCAAGUGGUGGCUGGUACCAACUUCUUCAUCAAGUGUGCACGUUGGCGGGACGAUCACAUCCACAUGCGAGUGUUCCAGAGUCUUCCUCACGCCGGCCUGAAGAAAGAGCUGCACAGCAUCCAGACCGCCAAGGCACACCAGGACCCCAUCAGCUACUUCUAACACACACGCACACACACACACACAUCCAGACCGCCAAGGCACACCAGGACCCCAUCAGCUACUUGUAACACACGCACGCACACACACACACACCACAUCCAGACCGCCAAGGCACACCAGGACCCCAUCAGCUACUUCUAACACACCACACACACGUUUUUUUUUAAAUGAAAUAAAAUCACGGUUGAUGAAAAA